GAGGAGGAGGAGGAGGAGGAGGAGGGCGAAGCUGAAGGUCGGCAAGGUGGCUGGUAACGACGGGGUUCCUCCUGAGAUAUAUAAGGCGUUGCCUACGUUAUGUGUCAGGGAAUUCUGGCAGCUCUUCAAUGAUAGACUAAACGAUCCCUGGUCCCAUGACCCAGACAGCUGGAAACUCAUCGACCUCACUGGUAUACCUAAAGUGCCACGGCCGUCUACACUUUCGGAAUUCCGGUGGGUUGGCAAACUUGAUGUGUGCGCAAAGUGGUACUUAUUAUCUCUUCAGCCGCACGUUCAACCAUCUUUAUCUCCUAGUGUGGUCGCUACGUUCGGGUUUCGGCCAGGACAUUCUUGCGACGACGUUGUUUGCAUCUUGCAUCAGUGUAUCUUUAUUGCGAACCGUUGGGGGGUACAGCUUAUACUUGGCGCUAUGGAUAUCGAGACCGCCUUCGACUCUAUGCACCACGAGUCGAUGGUCAACGCAUUCUUGGCUAGAGGUAUGCAUUCUUCGGUGGUGGCGGCACUUUUACGGGAGGUCUCUGGCAUGAAAUGCAAUAUCACGUUGCCUGGUAUGGAUCCCUGCGACAGAUUCGACCUGGAAAGGGGCGGGAAACAGGGCGGCGUCGAUACCCCACAAUGCUUCAACAUCUUGCUGGAGGAGUCUUGCGGUGAAACGUUCCGGAGGUGGAGGGAGGCAGGCUUUGGUUUUCCUCUCGACGAGGGCGGCGACGAGCGCAUCACCCAUUUGAUCUGGGCCGACAACAUAUUUUUGUUAGCAUCCAGCGUUGAAGAGUUCACGAUAAUGACCCAAGAGCUGACGGAAGCGAUCGGGAAGGUUCACUUUUCAUGGAAGGCGUCUUCGCUAGAGUGCAUGUUCUGCGGGCCCACGGCGACCGGCGUUUGUAAUUCGCCUACUGUGAUGGGGGCAGAGGCGCACUCCUUCAAGAUCGUUGACUCUAUGUCGGCUUUGGGGGUGCAGCUCAGCAGGGAGGGGGACACGAACACGUCCGUAGACCACCGCAUCGGAAAAAGGCGAGGGGAAGUUCUGGAGCAAUGCUCAUAUAUUCCGGGGCCCAGGGACUACUACAUCGAAGCUUCGGGCCUGGUCAGGUGGCCCAGCUGCUAGCGUUGCAUACGGAUCGUCCACGUGGCAUCUUACCCAGAACGUUCUGACGAAGGUUAAGAGGUGGGAGUUUAGCAUGCUGCGCAAGGUGUUUGGCUUCCGGCGGAAACCAGGGGAAGGGCAUGCGCAAUACAUGAUGCGCACCGCUCGUAUCAUCGAGUCGAGCUUCGAGCAGACCAAAAUCAUACCGCUGCAUUGUCGGGUGCUCCGGGAAGUCUUUAGAAAUGCAUGGCGUGAGAGAUGCAUGCCGCUACGUGGCGAGAGGAAUUAUUUGCACCUGGCGCGACAAUUUCGCACUCGGGAGUGGUGGGAGACCGUGAGGAUGAUGGGCAGCGAGAGGAAAAGACGGAAGGAAGGCAUUGUUCAUUCUGGGAUGGGGUACCGGAUAGAAUGGGAGGAUAUCUUCGUGAGCGUGUUCGGCAUUGCAUGGCGGGCUCGCCGAGACGAGUGCUCGCGUGAAGCUGAAUGGAUGGCUCUCUACCCAGCCUUCGAAUCCCAUUUAUGCACUCUUUGGGGAUUGUUCUGCAAGUCGUCUGGCAGAUGCUCGGAUCGCCAGGACCAGGUCCACGCCGCGCCAAAACGGAGGAGGAUAGCCACGCAUCCUUUGGACGAGCUUCCGGCUGGACACGGCGAUAGCGCACCGGACGUGCAUUGGGGCGGCAUGGCCGGGCGAGUACUCUUCAUCACCGAUUGCAAGCCUCUCGCCGGAGUUGUCAAUGGAACUACCGUGCUGGCAGCACCUUCUCUCGGACCGGUGUUUGAUCGAAUUACCAAGAGCAUGUUCAACGUAAUGGGAUACGGAUGGAGGCCAGCGCAGGAUGCGGACGACAUGGUUGUUUGGCACAAGCGCGAUUGGAAUAUCAAAGCAGAUUUCUUGGUGAACUACACAAUGGAUGAAAAGAAGUCGUGGUAUCACAGCUUCCCGAUUGAAUCAGUAGAUCUGAGCGGGGCCAAUUUUCUGAUCCACAGCGAUGGCGGCACUCGAGCGGCAUCGUGUUCUGCAGCCGCCUGGUGCGUAGAGGCUGUCACGCGCCGUGGUUUGAUAGAAACCACGACUCUCUUCAUCAUUGCAGGGACGUUUAUCAGUGACCCAAUUUCUUCCUUUACAGCCGAGGCGCUCGCCUUAGAGGAGGCCGCGAAAGCUGUGGAAGAGCUCAUUUACAGGAUAGGCGAGCGGCCAUCAGGAUUCUGAUCUAGGCCUAGGGAAAGACAAUUUCGACGACAAUGAGGUUGGGUUUCUUGCGAGGGUUUCUCGCGGCCGCGCCCGCGCUGUAGAUGGACACGCCCGACCUGACCCUACAGGGCAGGGGGCGCGCGCGCGCGCCCAGGGCGCGCUCUUGCGCGCUGUGGCGGGCACAGCGCGGGGCGCGCCGGGUGCGGUGCGGGCCCUUGCCCCGCGGCGAGCGCCCGUCGGAAAAUGGGGGC